AUGCUCUUUCUCUACGAGCAAGGCCGCGAGGACCCAGGGUGCGGGACGGAGCUCGCAUUCAACGUCAACUUCACCUUCUCCCUCACGCCCAAGCCUGGCAAAGCCGGCGCAAACGGCUUUGCGUUUGUCAUCUCUGCAAAGAACCGUCCGGGGAGCAGCAGCAGCGGUGGUGUGGGGUACGGAGGCAUGGAGAGCAGAAGCAUGGCAAUCGAGUUUGAUACCUUCCAGGACCCCAAGCAUGGCGACCCAGAGUAUCAACACAUAGGGCUGAACGUGCAAGGCAGAGACGCGUCUCUGGCAACUGCCAAGGCGCCGUUUGUGCUGAACGACCGGAAGCAGUACACAGCAUGGGUGGACUAUGAGCCUGGGGAUCCCGGCACCAUUCAUGUGUUUCUGGCAAAUUCUUCAACGGUUAAGCCGGGAGCGGCGGUGCUGGAGAGGCGGUUCUCGCUGUGCGGGGUGGUGCAGCCGGGGCCCCCGCAGGUGGAGCAGGGCGAGGAGGCGCAGGUGCAGGCGUACUACGUGGGGUUUGUGGCGUCUACCACUAUGGCUCCUUUCCAGAAGCAUGUUGUGCUGGACUCGUGGGUGCACGCAGUGGGGAGGGGUGUGAUGAGGAUGGCGCUGGGGUUCGUGGCGUCCACCACUGUGGCUCCUUUCCAGAAGCAUGUCGUGCUGGACUCGUGGGUGCAUGCAGGCACUGCUUCCUCUCGACUCUCACACACGCCUCUCCAUUACCACACACGCCUCUCCAUUACCACACACGCCUCUCCAUUACCACACACGCCUCUCCACUCCCCCCUGCACCUCGCCACUCCCUCGCUCGCAUCGUACGGGCCGGCCGUGUCCGACGAGACGUACAUGCCGCAGCAGGCGAGCCUAUUCCCUGCGCUACUUCUUUUCUUACCCAUCCUCAAUGCUUCGUCUCCUCUUCCACACGCCUCUCUCUGCUCCCACACGCCCUUCACUCGACUCGCAGCGUACGGGCUGGCAGUAUCAGUCGAAACGUACGUGCCGCAGCAGGCGAGCCCGUUCCCGCGCUACGCGAGUGCGGACUACCGCGUGGCAGCGGAUAAGAAGGACUCGUGGCGCUUCAGCGACUACCACUCCUGGGACUCCGUGCCCUUCCUCGGCUGGCCCGUCAAGGACCAGUCCACCUGCAUUUCCGUACUUUCAUUUUGGUUGACGUUGGCUCUUCUCUUUCUUCCCUCCCUUCCGUGUCCCCACUCCCUCCGCUCCCUUCACUCUCACCCCUCCCUCUCUCCUCUCUCUAACCAGACCUUCAAGUACCAGGACCCACAGUGCUACACGGCCGAUCUGAACCACGUGGUGCUCGUGGUAGGCUACUUCAUUUUCCGCGAUGACGGCAGCCAGAACCGCAUAGCACCGCCCUUCUGGAUCGUGCGCAACUCGUGGGGAGUGGAGUGGGGCGACCGGGGCCACAUGCGCAUGGACAUCCAAGGAGGGGACGGCGUGUGUGGCAUCAACGUGCUGCCUGGCAUCGUUCCCAUUGUCAAGAUUCCCAAGGACCCAUGUGGGCUGAGGAGCUACAAGGGCGAUGGGGACUUGCAGCCCACGAUGAACCCGUGUGGUCGCUUCACGUGCCGCCCCAUCCCCAAGAACGACACCAACUCCUGUGACUGCAUCAUUCCUGAGGAGCCCAAGCAGCCCUUUGCUGAGGUGGCCAAUGGAUACGGCUCCAACACCUGUGCCUACGUGGACGUGUGUGGGUCGUACUUCAAGAACCCCUGUGCGGUGGGCACAUGCAUCAACGAUGGCAAGGGCGCCUACUCCUGCAUCUGCCCUCCCAGCUACGUCCCCAGCCGCACCAUUCUCAACUUCCCCACCUGCGACCCAGUGAAUGUCACGGCCACAUCAAUGGUUGUGAGCGGGGGAGACACAUGCCGUUCCAUGGCAUACCAGCUCGUAAUGACCCGCAGCAAGCUCAUAGAGCUAAACCCCAGUCUGGACUGCGCCGUCCCUAUCAAGUCCGGCCGUUCCGUAUGCAUCGAGCGCAGUACCACCUACGCGUACACCGUUCCUUUAUGCCUCAAGUACGGGGUCAUGCUGGCACAGGACUCAUGCGAGCGCAUGCUGCAAGGGCUGGCGGGGGAUGUGAAUGCGACGAUGUGGGCCAUGCUGUAUCGCACCAAACCGGGGCUGGUGUGCUCGCAGGUCAUCCCCACGUCCAUCGCGGCUGUUGGCAGCAACAUCGGCGUGCAGGUGUGA